GUCUACCAGUUGCACCCUACUCCAGAGGCUCAAGAGGUGGAAAAGAUCAAGGAUGCACGUAUGACUGUCGAGCAGCUAAGAGAACUCGGCGAAGCUCUCUUGAUCGUCAGCGCGAGGUCCAGUUGUAUGAAGGAAAGGAAGGAGUUGCGAGCCUUGAUGGACGAGAAUCUUUCCACAGGCGAGGACCCGAAAGCACCCCAGAAUCCUCUUGCAAAGAAGAUUCGCAACAUGUUGACAAAGAUCGACAAGCAGUUGUCUGCUUACGACGAAAAGGUCGGAUCCUCAUUACAGUUGAUACAGAUGGACCCACAUGGUCGGAUAUCCCUCAAAGAUUUGGAGCAAGCCCUUAAUGUUAUCGCACAUGCUCCCCCACCAGAAGUCGUCCAAGCAAUCGUCAAAAAAUUGGAUGUAGAUGACGACGGUUAUGUCAUGUUAGAGCACGUGCUUGACCUGAUUGGAGAAGAAGGCUUAGGUGUUGUAGUGGAUGCAGACGCACAAGACUUGCUUGGCCAAGGGAGAGAGAUUAUAGACUCUAAAGCUGCAAAGCCGAAGAAGGAGGAUAUUAUACAAGAAAGAUUAGACUAUGCGCCACUACUUUACGUUCUGAUCAAUUAUUGGCUUGUGGGAUGUUUGGAUCAUGGAUUUGCACGUGCAUAUCGCCUAAGACAUUAUAAAAACAUGCAUACAACGGCACUCCCGUGCAUAGCAAUCUCCUAUGCUCCAUCAAGAGUUUAUUCGACGGGAACAGCAGGGAACUCGAAU